AUGUCAAUUUGUAUUCGCACCAUCUCUUAUUCAUCGCUCAGAAGGCAACCGCCAUUUAGCGGAGGCGAUACCCAACCAGCGGCACAAGCUCCAAUGAGUCAGCCACCAGUUCAAAGGGUGGUGGGGUCCUUAUCCCUUCCAACCCACGUGGCAGAUGCUUCAUUGAGGAACUUAAUGACUGCUCACAUUAUUCAAUUGGAGGCCCGAAUCCGCGAGCAUGAAGCUGCUGCACAACUCUCCUCCAUUGAGUUGGACGCUUUUGAGUCCGAGGUCAAUGAAUUACAUGUGCAGAACCAGGAGCUACGAGCAAUGAACGAGGAGCUACAAAGAAAACUGGAUCGUACCCUCACCACUUUACGUGGUGUCAUUGAGACGCUUGCCUUGUAA